AUGAAAAAAAAGUACACAUAUAUAUUUAAAAGGAUUUCUUCCAAAUAUUUUUCAUACUUUAAUAAGGGUACUAAAUUAUCAUGUGGUAACAAAGAAAGAAUGACAAAAAAUCAUAAACAUUAUUAUUCAACUAGUAAAGAAAAAGACGAUUUUCCUCAUUAUCAUAAUCUUGAUUUUAUGAAAUAUAUUUUUUCAAAUAAUAAUAAUGAUAAGAUAAAAGAUAUAAAAACAUGCACUUCUGUUGAUAGUACUAAUCCAAAUGUUUGUACAGAUAUUUACAAUUAUAAAUUAAUUACUAUUAUUUUAAAUAAUACAUUAUGUUCACAUUCCUAUGAAAUUAUAAAGAAUUCAAAUGUUUUAAUAUGUGCAGAUGGUGGGGCUAAUCGUUUAUAUGAUUUAUGUUCCACAAUAAAUGAAAAGCAUAUAAGCAAUUAUUGUAUGAACAAUAAUAUAUGCCUUGAACAGGGUAUACAAGUAAAUAAAAAUGAUUAUAAAAAAGAACAAAUAAAGAAAAGGGAAGAACAAAAUAUAUCAAAUCAUAUUAUAGAACAUACAAAUGACAAAAAUGUUAUUGCUAAACAAUUAUAUGAUUUAUUUAAUAAUAAUAAAUUAACAAUAAAUAUGGAUACAAAAAAAAAACAGAAUAAAAAUACUAUAGAAAUUUUACCAGAUUUUAUUUGUGGAGAUUUUGAUAGCAUAUACCCACAUGUAUAUAAACAUUAUAAAAAUGAAGGUGUUUUAUUUGAAAAAUGUCCAAAUCAAGAAAAUACAGACUUAGAUAAAUGUAUUGAAAAAAUAAAACCAUAUAUUAAACAAAACGAUAAAAUUCUUGUACUAGGAGCUACAGGAAAUAGAUUUGAUCAAACAUGUGCAAAUAUAUCUUCUUUAUAUAAAAACGUACAAACAAUAAAUAAUAUUUAUUUAAUAGGUGAAAAUAAUUUCAUAUUUUUAUUAAAAAAAGGAAAUCAUGUUAUACAUAUAAAUUUAAAUCCUUUUGAAAAAGGAUGUGCUCUCUUACCAAUUGGAGCAAAAUGUAAAGUGAAAACAGAGGGACUUAAAUAUAAUUUAAAUUAUGAAUAUUUAAGUUUUGAUUCCUUAAUCAGUUCAUCUAAUGAAAUUAUUCAAAAUGAAGUGAAAAUAUCUAACGAUACUCCUAUUAUUUGGAAUUCGCAAUUAAAAAAAUGA